ACACGCUGUCUAUCUGCACUACGCAGUACAGAAGUAGGCAGGGUUCAGCUGCGGGCAGUGGAGGAGCGAUGGCGCAGGGGAAGCACAAAUUUAAAGCUCAGCGACCUGGUGGGGCUAAAAAACAACAAAACAAACCGAAAGGACCGAAGAGAGGAGGUCGGAUCAUCGCUCCGAAAAAAGCAACCGUGGUUCAACAGCAGAAGCUAAAAAAGGGUCUGGAGGUGGCCAUCAGGAAUAAGAUUGAACAGGAGGUGACUCAGAAAGCCAGCACCUCCUUACACAAGAGACUGAGUGUCCUGAAGACCCCUCAGGGAAAAGGAGGAGCAGCAGGAAGCACCAAAACCUCCAGCGCAGGACCCUCCAAAUAAAUCUGAAUCCCACAUGUGACUCUGUUUAUCACCACUAGGUGGAGACAGACUCUACAUCAUGACUAGAGCACAUCUAGUGUAGAAGACAGCUUGUAUCAGGUUUUACAGUGAAUGAUGAAUAUUUCAGUCAUGUGCAGUUGCUGACCACAGUACUGUUAAUGUGGAGAGAAGUGUGUAGACAGGAUUGUAUAUAUUGUGUAGUCAGAAGGAUAAAAACUAUUGCAGGUCUUUAUGUUGCUUUUUUAUAGUACAGUGUGUCUUUAGGAUAAACUUUAACUGGAGAAAAUUUCAGUUUUGCUGUCAGUUUAUAUACCGAUAUACAAACUUUAAAGAACAAUGAUCUAAUAAAUAGAGAGAGGGAGUGGGAGAGAAAUAAAUAAAUAACAGACAUUAACUGUU